GUCGUCAUUGGGGGGAUGUUUCCUGUUCACAAUCGCAUCGCCUCCACCGACAGCAACACUUCCAGGGUGCCCAUCUCCUCGGAGUGUGAGGGGUUUAACUUUCGCACCUUCCGCUGGACCCAGACCAUGUUGUUCGCCAUCAAUGAAAUAAACAAGAGGGACGACCUGCUGCCCAGCACAGACUUGGGUUACGUCAUCUACGACUCCUGCUUCACCAUCUCCAAGGCCGUGGAGGGCACCCUCACCUACCUGACGGGCCAGGACGAGGCCGUGCCCAACUACCGCUGCGGGAACGGGCCGCCCCUGGCCGCUCUGGUGGGCGCCGGCGGCUCCGAUCUGUCCAUCGCCACAGCCAGGAUACUGGGACUUUAUCACUUCCCACAGGUCAGCUAUUUUUCGUCGUGCUCUGCCCUGGAGAGCAAGUUCCAGUUCCCCACCUUCCUGAGGACCAUCCCCAACGACAAGCACCAGUCCACAGCUAUGGCCCAGCUGGUGCUGCACUUCGGCUGGACCUGGGUGGGCACCAUCGCUGCAGAUGAUGACUACGGCAAGUACGGUAUCAAAGACUUCAAGGAGCAGGUGGAGGAAGCUGGUGUCUGCAUCUCCUUCUCUGAGACGCUGCCUAAGGUGAGUUCCCAGCAGGACAUCCAGCGAAUUGUUGACACCGUCGUUGAGUCCACGGCCAAGAUCAUUGUGGUCUUCUCAUCAGACGUAGACCUGAGUCCUCUGAUCCUUGAGCUGCUCCGCCACAAUGUCACCAACCGCACCUGGAUCGCCAGCGAGGCCUGGGUCACCUCCGCUCUCAUCAACCAGCCUGGGUUGAGCUCAGUGCUGGGCGGCACUCUGGGCUUUGGUUUGAAGAGGGCUGACAUCCCUGAUCUUCAGCGCCAUCUUCUGGACCUAGACCCCUACGCUGACAAACUCACUGAGGAAUUCUGGGAGUCGCUGUUUAACUGCACACUGGACUAUGGCAGAGCUCUGAAACAGGCUAAACAGACGACUAGAGAGGUUAACGGCACUCUGUCCAGGGCAGUGAGGGGGCCUCCUGUCGGGCUGUGCUCAGGGAGCGAGUCUGUGGCUCAGCUCAAUAACACCUACUCUGAUGUUUCCCAGUUAAGAAUCACCUACAGUGUAUACAAAGCUGUGUAUGCUGUGGCACACGCUCUGCACAACCUGGAGCACUGUGUAGAUGGACAGGGACCGUUCAGUGGGAACAGCUGUGCCGACAUCACCAACUUUGAGCCAUGGCAGCUGAUGUACUACCUGAAGAACGUGCGUUUCAAGGUCCCGAACACAGACGAAGAGAUCUACUUUGAGGAGGGGGAUGUGGAGGGCUUCUAUGACAUCAUCAACUGGCAGGUCAAUGGUCAAGGGGAGAUAUCGUACAUCACCGUGGGACGUUACAAUGGCUCAGCAGCUCCCAGGGACAGGAUGACCAUAACCAAUGACUCCAUUGUGUGGAACAAUGAAGUGCUGGAGCCUCCUCGGUCAGUGUGCAGUGAGAACUGUCAGCCCGGCACCAGGAAAGGGAUCCGGCAGGGAGAGCCAGUCUGCUGCUUUGACUGUAUCCCCUGUGCUGACGGAGAGAUCAGCAACACAACCAAUGCUCGUGAAUGUAUCCUGUGCAGCGGAGAUGACUGGUCCAAUGAUGCUCAUGAUGCCUGCGUACCAAAGAUCAUCGAGUUCCUGGCCUUCGGGGAGCCGCUGGGCAUCACUCUCAUUGCCAUCUCUGCCUUCGGGGCAUUGGUUACCAUCUCUGUUGGGGUAGUGUUUGCCAUGCACAUCAGGACACCUCUGGUGAAGGCAAACGAUCCACUGUUGAGUUUCUCGCUGCUUUUCUCGCUGGUGGUGACCUUCCUCUGCUCCAUCGUCUUCCUCGGAGAGCCUCAGCACUGGAGUUGCAUGACCAGCCAGGUGGGCCUGGCUCUGGGCUUUGCUCUCUGCCUUUCCUCCAUCAUGGGUAAAUCAGUGCUGUUGAUGCUGAGGGCCCAGGCUCUGAAAGCAGCUCGUACCAGAGCCAAAGCCGCCACCCAAGCUGCAAAAGCAGCAGCUGAGGCAGCGGCCAACAGCGGCAGUCCUGACGUCAUCGUCACCAACACACAGAGCCACAAUGAUGCCAACGUCUGUGCCAACCCUGAAGUUGACACUAUCAGCUGUGCCCACCAGAGGGCGAUAGCAGCCGUGGCAACAUUAAUCCAGGCGAUCGCCUGCACAGUGUGGCUCAUCGUCCUCCCUCCUCACCCCGUGAAAAACACCUCGGCCCAGAAUAUAAAGAUCAUCCUGGAGUGUGACGAAGGCUCAGUGAUCUUCAUCUGCUGCGUCUUUGCCUAUGACAUCCUGCUGGCUCUGCUGGCCUUCAUCUUCGCCUUCAUAGCCCGAAAGCUGGAGGACAACUUCAGCGAGGCGAAGUGCGUGACCUUCGGCAUGCUCGUCUUCUUCAUCGUGUGGAUCUCCUUCGUCCCGGCCUACCUCAGCACACGUGGCAAGUUCAUGGUGGCCGUCCAGAUUUUUGCCAUCUUGGCCUCCAGCUUCGGCCUGCUCACCUGCAUCUUCCUGCCCAAGAGCUACGUGCUCUUGGUCAAACCCGAACAGAACACGGAGGAGAUGAUGAGGCCCCGCGCCAAACUACGCGACGGAACCUCGACCGGGACCUCGGCCUCGCUCGCCACAACCGCCACUGAGAUCCACUCUACGACUGCGUCCACGGCCAUUGAUUAUUAGUGGAGAAAUAAUUUAAAAAAAAAUAGGGCUAUGAAAUUGAAAAUUGAAAAUAAUGUAGAUGGCAGCUGUGUCGCUGUGCCACUUAAAUGAUUAGUUCCUACUCUUAAUAUUCACAUUUUAUUUUGCAACUAUUGUUUGUUUUUAAUGAACAGGCAAUACAUAAUAUUUACAAAAUACCUAUAUUUAUACUGACUGAAUGUGUGUGUAGCCCAAGUCAAGUGUAUCUUCACAUGCGUUAGGUCGGGUUGAUUUCAAUGAGCAACGUCCAUGAGGGAAAAAAAACUGCUACCUCAACGAUUACUGAACAUCUCAAACACACAUCUCCAAAAGCAUAUAAUUGAUGGUGUAUGUGUAAAACAAGAUAUUUUGAUUUAGUUUUGACUUGCUUUUCUAUGUCGGGAAAUUAUGUUAAAUAAUAUUUGAAAGUUCAGAAUCUGUCAAAGCUGCUGUUUCAUUUGUGGUAGUGGAAUUAAAAUUAAGGCAGCAAUUACCUCACAUUUCUUCCUGCUCUACUUGUUGCAAAUCAGUUUCAAACACAUCUGACAUUUUUUGCAGCUACUGGCAUUUAGCUUCUAUCAUAAUAUUUGUAUAAAGUUACACUGUAGACUUGAUGUCACCAUAAUAACCAUGUGAGGGAGACACAAACGACCAUAACUCGUAUAAUAAUAACAUAACAAAUGUUAUUUUCAGUCUCAACAAUAUGUGUUGAAAUGUCUAUCUAAAAUUUUUAAAUCUAGUCAAUAUAUUGCAACUGUAAGUGUAACUGAUGGACAUGUAGUUAUUGUCUCCUCACACUUGAGCGGGUCGGCAGAGAAUGGUUUCCUGUAUAGAUCCUACUGGGUCACUACAUGAAUGAACAAUAAAC